UUGUUAAUUGUCGUAAUUCUCUUCCAGGGAUGAGUCACUUCUGUGUCAAGGUCUGGCCUUAAAUGAUGACUUACAGCGCUUACUCGCGAAGCACGAAACCAUUGCUUCUGGAACUUCUGCUCCAACAGAAAAACCCAAGCCUGAAUCUGUUGGAGCUCUCGUAGACGUUGGUGGUCCUCUUGUUGAUACUGGAGAUGGUAGUCAACAGCCUGAUAAGAGAUCUAUCUCAAAUGGUGCAGGGGUUCAGCCGUUAAAUCAACCAUUACUUCCGGCACCUCCUGCAACUAAUAGCGCAGCUCCUCCAGCAGCAGUUAGUCCCAAAAUAGACCUCCUUAGUGGUGAUGACUAUGCCUCUCCAAAGGCCGAGAGUUCACUUGCUCUUGUCCCUGUUGGAGAACCACAGCUCAACAGUCCUGCUCCGUCUCAGCAGAAUGCUCUCGUUCUUUUUGAUAUGUUUUCUGAAAGUAAUAAUGGUCAGGAUUCUGUCACUACCACGCCUGCAAAUUUGCGGGCACAAAACACUCUUUUGACCCAGCAGUUCAUGCAUCAGCCAAAUCUUCAAGCUUCAGAUGCUGGAUUUCAUCCAAAUGGAAGGGUCCCAAACACGGGAUCUUCUCCGUAUGAGCAGCCAUUGUACACGCAAGGAGCCAGCCCUGCAUGGAAUGGCCAGCUGGUUCAGCAGCAGCAGCCAUCUUCCCCUGUCUAUGGUCCUCAAAGCGGUCUGGCAUUACCCCCACCUCCCUGGGAAGCUCAACCGGCAGACUCUAGCCCAGUAGCAGGCUCCAGCCCUGUAGCAGGUUCCCAUUUUUCUCCUCCAAUGCAAGUUACUCAGGUGGUUGUUACACAUACGCAGCCAGUGCACAGUGGUGGACAUCCUCUAGGAGGAUUCCAGUCAAUGACAAACGAUCAGGUAGUUGGGAUGUAUAUCCAGCCAAUGACAACUGGCCAAUUGUCAACAAUCAGUCAUCAGCCUAUGCAGAGGAACCCAAUGAUGGGUAUACAUACCACACAAAUGCAGGGAGGGCCAUAUAUGGGAAUGCAUCCGCAUCAAAUGCAAAAUGGUCAGAUGGUUCAAAUGUAUCCCCAACAAAUGUAUGGAAACGAAAUGGCAGCAUAUGGCUAUGGUCAGCAACAAGGCACUCCGUAUCUUGAGCAGCAAAUGUAUGGGUUAUCUAUGAGAGAUGAGGGUGGGUUGAAAAGCUCUUCUUAUAAUCAGGUUUCAGCUCCAUCUUAUGUGCAGCCUAUGAAGCCUGCAAAACCAGAAGAUAAACUGUUUGGAGAUCUUGUUGAUAUGGCAAAAUUCAAGCCCACCAAACAAACUCCUGGAAGAGCUGGUAGCAUGUGAAAUUGAAACUGCUUGUGCAUUUCUUUCUUAAUAUUUUUGUUGGCUAUUGCUUUUGAAUCUAUUUUGGUUUCCCUUCUCUUCAAUUCCCAUAUAUAAAUAUAUACAUAUAAAUUUCUUUUUUGGUCCCCGUAUAUGUAUUUUUGCUUCUGUUUGGAAUUGGAAUGUAAAUUCCUUGUAGAGAAAGUGAAAAAUCGACACUCUCUUGAUUAGAUUGAAUUCUUAUGAUACUUGGAUCUUUGUUUUGUUA